CGCGAUGCGCCCCUAGACCCGAAGCCAGCCAGCCAUGAUGUUCCCUGCAACGGAGGUCCAAGUUGGACUCUCGUAAGAAGCAGAGAGGAACAAUACCGGCUCUUUUGAACCUGGCGAUGGAGACAAACUCCGGGCCCGUGCUUCCUCGCAGCACAGAUCGCUGGCCCGACUCUCACGGGAGAAGAAAGGGAAGGAGGCGCAAACAAAAGCCCGCCUUUCCAUGACAUUCAGCCGGUGUAAUCACCUCCUCCUUCCCGGGCGGGCCUCGGGCAACGCUCAACUCCGCUGUUAAGCAACGGCUGGGCCGGACUGUUCCCCAGCCCUGCUGACUUUGAUGGCCUAAAGGACUUCCCUUCUUGCAUAGUCCAGCAUGGAUGCUCCGCCUGUGGUCAUGACUGCAGGUUCUCUUUCCUACAUCACUCAGACUGAUUUUCCAGUCCCGCUGAAAAAGUUUUAUCGGGGUGAACCACUGGCACUGGGGAUCACACAGAUAUUCAUAGGAAUCAUACAAAUUAUCUUUGGGAUGCUGAUCAACAUAAUUAAUCAACAUGAUAUUAUCUACCUUAUUGUAUGGAUGCCCUAUUGGAGUGGAAUCUUGUACAUCAUCUCCGGAUCCUUAGCUGUGGCAGCUGCUUGGAAUCCCCGGAUGCCUCUGGUGCAAAGCAUGGUGGCCAUGAAUGUGUUAAGUACUGUAGCAGCUGGUUUGGGCCUAGCAUCCCUGUUUGCCACCUUCGGUAUGCCCUAUCUAUUCAAUUUGUCUACGCACUGCUAUAAUUUUGAAAAAGAAAUUCAGAAAAAAUGUAAUGCAAACCAGGAUAUCGGCAUGGGAAUACUGAUUAUUCUUACUCUGUUCACCGCCCUGGAGUUUUGCAUCACCAUCUCAGUUGCGUCUUUUGGAUGUAAGAUGCUUUGCCGCGAUACCUUCUCUGAAAAAGUUGUGGUCAUUUAUCAGAAUGUGUCUCCUGCCAGUGCUGAACAAGAUCCUCCCCUCGACUGCAAACAGACAGCAAUUCAACCCUGAACUGCUUUUCUUUCAUUGCAACUCUUCUACAUCUUGAAGCCUUUUUUAAAAAAAGGAAUUGCACAGAAGUUUUUAAUCAGUGGAACAUAAAGGCUUUUUGAUGGACUAAGCAAAAAGCACCACGUGCAAAAGAUCAUAUGAAUGUUCUUUGUUGCUGUUUAAAAUAUCUCUUUAUUAGCCGAUCGGCACUUUGCACCAAGUUAUGGUUUAUGGUUUGCUGUUGGAAAUAUAUAUAUCGACUUAUGACCACAAUUGAGCCCAAAAUUUGUCUUGCUAAGUGAGGCAUUUGUCAAGUAAAUUUUGCUCCA